UGAGCAAAGUCAAUGGAGGGAAGUAACACCCAAUAUGUACUCAGGGUUCUGCACACACCUCCAGCCAGGUAUAAAACAAGCAGUAUGGAAGGUGAUCAUUACAUGCAUGUUAAGGCACAGUUAACAGGGUACUACAAACUGUCAACCAAUCAGUGUUUUUCAGAGUCAAAAUGGCAAAAUACAAGGUGACUGUGCACACACACAACAUCGCAGCUGCCACCACGAUGAACAACGUCUUCAUCAAGCUGAUUGGCGAAAAAGGAGAGAGCAAGCGCACGUGGCUCACUAGCUUGAAUGGAGGAUUCUAUCAAGGCACAGGGUCUCGUGAAUUCGACGUGGUGUGCCCCUUUUCACUCAGCAAGCUGGUGCUGAUAGAGCUGGACAAACAGCCCCUCCCACUCUUCCCCCUGGAUGCCUGGUUCCCGUCCAAGGUUGUCGUGAUGACGCCAGAGGGAGACACAUGCCAGUUCCCCAUCUACCGUUGGAUUAUGGACACGGAGGUGCACCUGUUCAGAGAGGGCACAGCUAAAAGACUCUGUGAUGAAACUAAUCAUCUUGCCAGGUACAGCAGGGAACUGGAGAUGAAGACGAGAACUGAGCAGUACUGCUGGGAUACCUACAAGGAGGGUUUCCCCGGCAGCAUGAAGGCAAACAACCCUCUGGAUCUUCCCAGCGAGAUCCAAUUCUCGUUCACCAAGGCCACCCAGUUCCUCUUCACCGCCACCACCGGGAUCACUGAGCUGAAACUAAUGGGGUAUUCUGACAGCAAGAAGAGCUGGAAAAACAUUGAUGAAAUCAGCAAUGUCUACCUCAAUAGAACUGUCAUCUCAGACUACACACAGAAGCACUGGAAGGAAGAUGAGUUUUUCGGGUACCAGUAUCUGAACGGCUGCAACCCCAUGUUGAUCCGUCGCUGCACGGAUUUGCCGGCAAAUUUCCCUGUCACAGGAGACAUGGUCAAGCCCUCUCUUCGUGGAUCGUCCAGCCUCCUAAAGGAAUUGCAGGUACUGUACAGUAUGUCAAAAUGGGACUCAUUGUUAAAAGUUGCCUAAAUUAUUGCAGUACCA